UAACACAAGACAAGUACCUAAUACACGUACUAAAUCUAGGGUGCGGCAGGGGGUGUGGUGGUUUGUGAGGCUAUUUACGGUGUGCGAGUGCCGGCAAAACCCCCAAAUUAUUUUCAAAGAUCUUCCAAGCGCUGCUGUUCUUCAUCUUCUUCAUCUUUUGUCUUUUCGUUUGAUUUGAAUCACCCUUUUUCUCUCUCCUCCAGAUUUGGUUCAACCACGAAAACCCUAAAACUAAGAGAGAGAUUGAGUGUGAAAGUAGAAAUUUCUGAGAUUAUUCAGCAAUCCAACAAUUAUUACAAAUGGAUUUGGACCAAUGGAUCGCCAAGGUUAAAGAAGGCCAGCAUUUGGCCGAAGAUGAGCUUCAGCUUCUCUGCGAAUACGUAAAAGAGAUACUAAUUGAGGAGUCAAACGUUCAGCCAGUCAAUAGUCCAGUCACUGUCUGUGGUGACAUCCAUGGCCAAUUCCAUGAUUUAAUGAAGCUUUUCCAGACUGGAGGUCAUGUUCCAGAGACCAAUUAUAUAUUUAUGGGAGAUUUUGUUGACAGAGGCUACAAUAGUCUUGAAGUCUUUACCAUCCUUUUGCUUCUUAAAGCUAGGUAUCCUGCGAACAUUACUCUUUUGCGUGGAAAUCAUGAAAGCAGGCAGCUUACUCAGGUAUAUGGGUUUUAUGAUGAGUGCCAGAGGAAGUAUGGAAAUGCCAAUGCAUGGAGAUAUUGCACAGAUGUUUUUGAUUAUCUGACUCUCUCGGCAAUUAUAAAUGGAACUGUGCUAUGUGUUCAUGGUGGUCUUUCACCUGAUAUUCGAACGAUUGAUCAGAUAAGGGUUAUUGAACGAAAUUGUGAAAUUCCUCAUGAAGGGCCAUUUUGUGACCUUAUGUGGAGUGAUCCUGAAGAUAUUGAGACAUGGGCUGUCAGUCCUCGUGGUGCAGGAUGGCUUUUUGGAUCUAGAGUGACAACUGAGUUCAACCACAUAAACAAUCUUGAUUUAGUUUGUCGAGCUCAUCAGCUUGUACAAGAAGGUCUCAAGUACAUGUUUCAAGAUAAGGGCCUUGUAACGGUGUGGUCAGCACCAAAUUACUGUUACCGUUGUGGGAAUGUUGCUUCAAUUUUGAGUUUCAAUGACAAUAUGGAGAGGGAGGUGAAGUUCUUUACGGAGACAGAAGAAAACAAUCAGAUGAGGGGGCCGAGAACAGGGGUCCCAUAUUUCUUAUAGACAUUUUCUCUCAGAAUUUAAAGACUUGUAUAAUUAUUAAUUGAUCUGAUUUUUCAAAUUUAUAAUUUUUAGGAAGGGGUAUGAAUUCUUGGUAAUGCUGGCUCAUUCAUGUUACAUUUCUGUCAGUAAAUGCUUUAAUCGCGCCAGAAAAAAAUGCCCUCUUGUUCGGUCAUGCUUUGUGAUAACUCAGAUCAAAUGUUUUCUUGUUUCUAGUGGUAUAUUUGCAUCAUUUUUCUAAUCUA